UUCUAAAAUACUUUAAAGUAAUUAAAAACAAAACAAAGUAUGGUUGAACCGGUAGAAAGCGACAGUUUAAUAAUUUAUGAAAAAAAAGAAAAAAGAACAGUAACUACAGUGUUAGCUGUUUCAAUUGCAUCUUUAUUAUCCGUCUCGUUUGGUUUUGUUUUAUAUUUUCCCAAUCCAUUAAAGUUAGUUAACGAGCGGUGGUAUAAUGUCAGUCAUAUUUCAUUUGGUUUUGGCGCAUCUGUUGGUAGUAUAUUUGCUGGCAUUUUUAUUGAUAAGUUUGGCAGAAGAUCAACAAUACUUAUGACCUCAAUAAUCUAUUUUUUGGGUUAUACGUUUUUAAUAAUUGGUUGUCCAGAAUUUGAAAACACUACAGGUUUUUCAAACUUUUUUACUGUUUUCGGUUGUGUCUAUGCUGGGAUUGGAGUUGGUAUGACCUCUCUUGUAGUACCUGUUUAUAUUGCUGAAGUAACAUCAGCACGUUUACGCGGAACAAUGGGCGCCAUCACUAACCAUGCAAUAGUUUUUGGAAUGUUUUUAUAUUCCUUGACUGCAGAAAUAUCUGAUUGGACCAUAAAAUACUACUACUCUGCUAUAGUUGGGUUAGUUGUGAUUCUGUUAAGCUUUUUAAUAAUGUUUAUGCCAGAAACGCCAAGGUGGCUUUUAGCUGACGGUCAACGAGAGAAAGCAUUUAAAAAUCAGUUGUGGCUUUUUGGUAUUAAAUCUGAUGCCGAAGAUGAAUGUAAUAACAUUGAAAUUAAUUUAGCUCACCAGCAAAUAGCAUCUGUAAAUGAUUUUCGUUCAUCAGGAUUGUUUCGACCUCUCAUUAUUGGAAGCUCGUUAUUUUUAAUUCAUCAAUUUAUUCUAAUUGGAUACAUUACUUAUUUGUCUGAUUUGCUUGGGUAUUUCAAGAAAAAAUAUAUUAUUAUAAUUUGCUUUACUUUACAGUUUAUACUUUCAAUAGUGGGAUGCUAUAUAGUUAACAAAUUCUAUCGCAGAUAUCUUCUUUUAUUUGGAAGCACUAUUCUGUUUAUUUUCAGCAUUGUCUUUGCUGUUUUUCCCCGUCUGAUAAAUAAUAAUAUUGGUAAAAUAAUAUAUCUUAUCAUAUAUGCUGUAACUUUUAUCCUUAUAUGGGGAUCAUUACCAUGGAUUAUAGUUUCGGAGAUAUUUCCGCCGCGUGCUCGUGGGCUUCUCGGUGGUAUUGUUAGAUCAUUUAUUUGGCUACUAUUUAUUCCAAUGGACUAUUUAUUUAAACAAAUGCUGGAACAUCAUUUGAAUGGCUUAUUUUUGCUUAAAAGUGUGGUAUUUUUUCUGAGUAUAUUAUUUGUUUAUUUUUUUGUACCGGAAACUAAAAAGCUUACAUUAGAAGAAAUUGAACAUUACUAUCUUAUCUAUCGUGGCUUUCGAAAUUACUUGUUUUAUAAAAAAACAGCUAACAGUUGUCUGCUGUUUAUCCUUAAUUAUUUGUUAUAAGAAAUGCUGGUUUUUAAAUAUACAUUCAAUUCUUUAUUUUACAUAGAGUGUAUACUUAGUUUUACAAUUUUACAAGCAAAAAAUGCAUCAGGGUUAAAAGAACAGUAUAUAUACCAUAUGUAACAAAUAACCAUAUGAAACAUAAAAACAUUGCUAGAAUAUAUUUUUAUAACGAUUAGUUUUAAAAUUUGUCCAUAGCACUCUUUUCUUUUUU